UUUUUGGGGGUGGGAAGGGCUGUCCGAAGUCAGAGACGAGCAGGUUCAAAAGCUUAAAUAAAAUUACAGAAGGUUACACGUUCCAAGCAAGUUUCUAACUCAUUUUAAAAUGCUCCCCUCAGUAAUAAACCUCAGGGGUAAAGACACUCUAGAUUACUUAAAUUGGCAGCAGCUCCUCGAUCUAGAAUAGUUCCUGCCUUGCUUCUUUAUUAAAAACCCCUUCGGAUUAUUUUUGGAGCAAUCCCAUCUGUCGAACUGAGUCAUAGGAGCGCCAGACAUUUCUUUUCUCUUAAAUUAUACCACCUGAAAGGGAAACCAGCAAACUGCAGCCUCGCCGACCUGCCACCCCACUGGGCCAGUCAGUGAAUCAGCAAACAGUCGCCUGAGUAAGUAGCUCGGUGUAGACACAGCGGACCCCCGCCCCAGAGGAGAAAGUUCUGCUUCCUUUUAGAGCGGGUGUGUGUGAGAGCACGGGCUGCUACCACUUCACUUUUCCUUUCAGUUUGCAACAGGAGCCGCUGCUCAGCCCCGCCAGGACACGCGGCUGCGCUAAAAACGCUUUAAAGCGGACACACUCCUAGCAAAGGGUUGGAUUUGGAAAAAGUCUUCCCCAUCCCCGCCACAAGCUGCGUUAUUUCCAGAGGGGCUGGCGCUGCUCCACAGGGCUAACCUCAGGCCAGAAAUGGCUGGAGCGAGAUUCAUUGCAGGCGCCGCUGAAUGAGAAGCGCGUUCAAUUUGGGUUCGCAGCCCGGCCCCCCUUUGGGGGGGGGCAACCCCCCCCAAAUACAAAUGAGAGUUCAGCCCGCUUGAAAAGGAAGCUUGCGUUUGCACCACAACCCCUUCCCCAGCACAAACAGGUGCAACAGCUGAUUGCACGGCGGGGAAAGCAAAGCCCCCCGCGAUUGCACAGAGCUGGAAGAAGGAAACAACCCCCCGAAAACCCCAGCGGCGACACUGCGCUGGAUUGCCGCGGGCGGAACGCGCAGCUGAUCAAACACCGUGCCAUUAAAAGGCGCCUCUCUCGCCGGCGCAGUGUUGUGUUUACGGCCAGCGGCUGCCUUUGCAUUGCUCCAUGGUAACCUGCGGGCAGGGAUCGCGCCUGGCUGCUGCCCUCCGCCCGUGACAGGUGUUCCCAAGCCGGGCAGCGCCUUUCGGGGCGCAGCGAUCGAGGCGAGCCGGUGUAAGCGGGGAGGAGGGGCGUGGCUUGUGCACAGGCGGAGGCGGGGCUUGCUGUGUGUUGCUCCAACCUCCCUGCUCCUGUGUGUAUUUUUAUUUUUUGGGGUGUCUUGUUAAUCUCCGCGUAGCAGCCGGGGAAAGGGAGUAAAUGGAAUUGACGCUCUGAGAUCGGAGUAUUGCAGCCCCUGGACAAGUGGGAGAAGAAGAAGGGGGGGCAGCCAAGUAACCCCCCCCCAAGUGAAGUCAGGAGAAGGGGAGAGAAGAAAGAGAGGAAAGGGAAAAAGGAGAGAAACCGGGACUAAGAGGCAGGGAGCCGGCGACUUCUGGGGAACAACUUGUUGCAAACAGAUUUGCCAAGUAGGGAGUCAGCGUCUCACUCCCCGCCGGGACUGGAGGGAGCAAACGCGCCGUGUCUCGCUCCUGGUCCCCACAGCCGGGCGCCGGGGUCCACGCUCGCAGCCGAGGGGAGAUGCCAUUUGGACCAUGUAACAUCGCUGCCAGGAGUUGAGGCCGCCUUUUCCGCGAACCAUGAAGCUGGCCGAGCGACUCGUGUGCUGGGUCAGCUGCCUGGUGAUCUCCGGGACCCUCCAGCCCGGCGCGGCGCAGGCAGUGUGCGCUGGUACUGAGAACAAGCUGAGUUCUCUGUCUGAUCUUGAGCAGCAGUAUCGUGCGUUGCGCAAGUACUAUGAGAACUGUGAGGUAGUCAUGGGCAACCUGGAAAUCACCAACAUUGAACACAACCGUGAUCUUUCCUUCCUCCGGUCUAUCCGAGAAGUCACGGGAUACGUCCUGGUAGCUUUGAAUCAGUUUGAGUACCUCCCGUUAGAGAACCUACGCAUCAUUCGUGGGACAAAACUCUACGAGGACCGGAAUGCCUUGGAGAUAUUUCUUAACUACAAAAAGGAUGGUAAUUUUGGACUCAGGGAACUUGGCCUGAAGAACUUGACUGAAAUACUGAAUGGAGGGGUAUACGUUGGCCAGAACAAGUUUCUUUGCUACGCCGACACCAUUCAUUGGCAGGAUAUCGUGCGUAACCCACGGGCUUCCAACUUCACUUUGGUUCCAACAAAUGGCAGUUCAGGAUGUGGGCGAUGCCACAAGUCCUGCACAGGCCGAUGUUGGGGACCCACAGAAAAACACUGCCAGAGCUUGACAAAGACAGUCUGUGCAGAGCAAUGUGAUGGACGUUGCUACGGGCCGUACGUCAGUGACUGCUGCCAUCGGGAAUGCGCUGGAGGCUGUUCCGGACCUAAAGACACUGAUUGCUUUGCCUGCAUGAAUUUCAAUGACAGUGGCGCGUGUGUCACUCAGUGCCCCCAGACUUUUGUCUACAAUCCCACCACCUUCCAGCUGGAGCACAACCACAAUGCCAAAUACACCUACGGAGCUUUUUGUGUCAAGAAGUGCCCACAUAAUUUUGUGGUAGAUUCCAGCUCUUGUGUGCGUGCCUGUCCCAGCUCCAAGAUGGAGGUUGAAGAAAAUGGUAUAAAGAUGUGCAAACCCUGCACUGACAUUUGUCCUAAAGCAUGUGAUGGCAUCGGCACAGGGAGUUUGACUUCCGCUCAAACCGUUGACUCCAGCAACAUUGACAAGUUCAUAAACUGUACCAAGAUCAACGGGAACCUGAUCUUUCUUGUCACUGGGAUUCAUGGGGACCCCUAUCACACAAUUGCAGCAAUGGACCCAGAGAAAUUAAAUAUCUUCCAAACAGUCAGAGAGAUAACAGGUUUCUUGAAUAUUCAGUCAUGGCCCCAAAACAUGACAGAUUUCCGUGUGUUUUCUAACUUGGUUACUAUAGGUGGAAGAGCCCUAUAUAGUGGCCUUUCCUUACUCAUCCUGAAGCAACAGGCAAUUACCUCUCUACAGUUCCAGUCACUGAAGCAGAUUAGUGCUGGCAACAUCUACAUAACUGACAAUACCAACCUGUGCUACUAUCACACCAUCAACUGGACCAGCCUCUUCAGCACGCCCAACCAAAAGACAGUGAUCCACCACAACAAAAAGCCUGAGAACUGCACUGCAGAGGGAAAGGUGUGUAACAACUUGUGCUCAAGUGAUGGCUGUUGGGGGCCAGGGCCAGACCAAUGUCUGUCCUGCAAACGCUUCAGCAGAGGAAGGACGUGUAUAGAGUCUUGUAACCUUUAUGAUGGGGAAUUUCGAGAGUUUGCGAAUGGUUCUGUGUGUGUGGAGUGUGAUCCCCAGUGUGAGAAGAUGGAAGAUAACAUGAUCACAUGCUAUGGGCCGGGACCAGACCACUGUACCAAAUGUUUCCAUUUUAAGGAUGGCCCCAACUGUGUGGAAAAGUGCCCCGAUGGCUUACAGGGGGCAAACAGCUUCAUUUUCAAAUACGCCGAUGAGGACCGUGAGUGUCACCCUUGUCAUCCAAACUGCACGCAAGGGUGCAUAGGCCCCCGUAUUGAGGAUUGCAUCGGCCUGAUGGAUAGGUGUAGAGGCCCCACUAGUCAUGACUGCAUUUACUAUCCAUGGACGCGCCAGUCCACCUCACCACAGCAUGCUAGAACCCCCCUGAUUGCUGCAGGCGUGAUUGGUGGACUCUUUAUCAUCAUCAUUGUGGGCCUGACGUUUGCCGUUUAUGUUCGGCGGAAAAGCAUCAAAAAGAAGAGGGCCUUGCGGAGGUUCCUGGAGACCGAGCUGGUGGAGCCCUUGACCCCAAGUGGCACAGCACCCAACCAAGCACAGCUUCGCAUCCUGAAGGAAACUGAACUAAAGCGAGUCAAGGUCCUUGGCUCUGGGGCCUUUGGAACCGUGUAUAAGGGUAUUUGGGUUCCUGAAGGAGAAACAGUAAAGAUUCCUGUGGCUAUUAAAAUCCUUAAUGAGACGACUGGUCCCAAGGCAAAUGUGGAGUUCAUGGAUGAAGCGCUUAUCAUGGCAAGCAUGGAUCAUCCACACCUGGUGCGAUUACUGGGCGUCUGCUUGAGCCCUACCAUUCAGCUCGUCACUCAGCUGAUGCCCCAUGGCUGCUUGUUGGACUAUGUUCACGAACACAAGGAUAACAUUGGCUCGCAGCUCCUGCUGAACUGGUGUGUCCAGAUAGCCAAGGGAAUGAUGUACCUGGAAGAGAGGAGACUGGUUCACCGGGACUUAGCAGCCCGGAAUGUCCUGGUAAAAUCACCAAACCAUGUGAAGAUCACUGACUUUGGCCUGGCCAGGCUCCUGGAAGGAGAUGAGAAAGAGUACAACGCUGAUGGAGGGAAGAUGCCAAUUAAGUGGAUGGCUUUGGAAUGUAUACACUACAGGAAAUUCACCCAUCAGAGCGAUGUUUGGAGCUAUGGUGUCACUAUCUGGGAGCUUAUGACCUUUGGCGGAAAACCCUACGAUGGAAUCCCGACACGAGAAAUUCCUGACCUGUUAGAGAAAGGGGAACGGUUGCCCCAGCCUCCUAUCUGCACCAUUGAUGUUUACAUGGUGAUGGUGAAAUGCUGGAUGAUUGAUGCUGACAGUCGGCCUAAAUUCAAGGAAUUGGCUGCUGAAUUUUCUAGAAUGGCUCGAGACCCUCAAAGAUACCUUGUCAUUCAGGGUGAUGACCGUAUGAAGCUCCCGAGUCCAAAUGACAGCAAAUUCUUCCAAAAUCUGCUGGACGAGGAAGACCUGGAAGAUAUGAUGGAUGCUGAGGAAUAUUUAGUUCCUCAGGCCUUUAACAUCCCUCCUCCUAUCUAUACCUCCAGGUCUAGAAUCGACUCCAACAGGAGUGAACUUGGACACAGCCCUCCUCCUGCCUACGCCCCUAUGUCAGGAAACCAGUUUGUGUACAGAGGCGGCGGCUUUGCUACAGAACAAGGAGUGCCUGCGCCAUACAGAGCUGUCAGCUGCAUCACUCCAGAGGCGCCAGCCAUCCAGGGGGCCACGGCAGAGAUCUUUGACGACACUUGCUGUAAUGGUACGCUACGGAAGCAGGUGGCUGCCCUUGCACAAGAGGACAGCAGCACUCAGCGGUACAGCGCUGACCCAACGGUGUUUGUACCAGAGCGGGGCCAACGGGGUGAGCUGGAUGAAGAUGGGUACAUGACUCCAAUGCGAGACAAACCCAAAACAGAUUACCUGAACCCAGUAGAGGAGAACCCAUUUGUCUCGCGACGAAAGAACGGUAAUCUUCAAGCUCUGGACAACCCCGAGUAUCACAGCGCCCCGAACGGGCAGCCCAAAGCAGAGGACGAGUAUGUGAACGAGCCGUUGUACCUCAGCACCUUUGCUAAUACCUUGGAAAACGCAGAGUACCUGAAGAACAAUGGGCUUCCUUUGCCAGAGAAAUCCAAGAAGGCCUUCAACAACCCGGAUUACUGGAAUCACAGUCUGCCACCGCGAAGCACCCUCCAGCACCCGGACUACCUGCAGGAGUACAGCACAAAAUAUUUUUACAAACAAAAUGGACGGAUCCGGCCCAUCGUGGCAGAGAACCCUGAAUACCUCUCUGAGUUCUCCCUGAAGCCUGGCACUGUGCUGCCCCCACCACCCUACAGACAUCGAAACACGGUGGUGUAGUGACAUCAGUAUUACACAAGUAGAGAGGCAACCCCUUCUAGCCGCCGGUCUCUCUCUCUCUCUUUCUCUCUCUCCCUCUCUGUCUCCCGUGAGCUUCCUCUUUUUGCCAGUUCACUGAUAUUUCCAAGUAGAAGGACACCUUUGAGUCAUUUGCUGAUCGGGUUAGGAACCUGGAAGAAAGGAAAGAAAGAAAGACUGACUGACUGAAUGAAUGAAAGAAGGCCAAAACCUGGCAUUUCUCACCUUUCACAGACCCUGAGGGUCAGACAAGCCAGUGAAUACCAGUAAAGGCCAGUGGCAGUGUUGUCUGCUGUCAAGUUAGUUCUCAGAUGCUGUAGGGGAAGUCAGACAGUGUCUGUUUCUGUCAGCAGGAACUGAGGAAAGCCUAUUCAGCAUUCCUGGAAAUCGCAAUGCAGUUUCCAUUAAGAGGGAAAAAAGGACAAUUUUUAUAUCACAUGUGAUAGCAUAAUAAUUGAGACUUGAGAAGCCAAUUUCUUUCUCUAACACUUUCUAUCCUGGCAACUGAAAACAGCUAACCCAGCUUUUCAUAGCCAUUCAGUUCUUCAUCACAGCCAUCAAAGAAAUAACGAAUAAAAUAAAAAAUGAGGAGACUUUGUCUCUAGCCAGUCCCCUCUUUGUAGCCACUCCCACAGUUUUAUCCCAUUUCCUAAUGGCAGAGACUUUCACUAGAAGCUCCUGUGCAUGACAGUGCAAUUUUUUUGGUAUGUGUCGCCAUGACGACAAGUAUUUUCAACACAAAGAUCCCGUCAGGAAAGAAAGAAAACACAAAAAGCGGACAUCCUCCAUUGAAGCUAAAAGAGAGGCCAAGCUCUGCCAUUUAUAUGCACAGGGCCUCAGCUUCAUGUUUUAUACCUACUUAAUACAAACAAACAAAGUACCCAUACAAAUUCUCCUCUCUUUCUUUUUGCUCAUCGAUUAAAAUAGUUGGGGAUGCAGUAGGCAACACUGAGGACAAGACAGAAGGAGGACAGUUUAAUAGGUUCAGGAAACCUGGUGGUGGUGCCCUAAGGGGUUCUGUAAACUGGAAGAAAGACACUGGAGUGGAUAAAACGCACAUAGCAGUUCACUGGAAAGUUAGUUUGCACAUAAGCUAUGAUUUUAUUUGUCCUCGCUCUGAACUGUUUUCUGGAUUUUGAACGAAGCAAUAUGGAAGCGACCAGCAAAAUAAAAUAAUUUUAAAUUAAAAAGUGAAAUUAUAUAUAAAGGACGACUGUGGAAAUGCCAAAAUGAAGCAAGUCACGUCUUGGGAACAGUAUCCGCUGGUUCUGAAAGGCCAGUAUAUUGACUACUUUAGAGAAUACAGUGAAGGAGUAACCAGUUCAAAUGCUGCUGCACGAAGGAAAGGCAGAGCAAACAGUGAAGGGGAUUUGGGGAGAAGGGCCAGCUCUGGCUUGGGGCCCAGCAAGGACUAUAGUUUUCCAUAAGGAGGAUUUCUCCAUCACAUAAGCUGGUACAUACAAGGUUUUUAAAGUCAAUAUGUGCAAGACACACACAGCUUUCAGUCAAAAAUAUAAACAAUGCGUCGAUCUCCAUGCACUUAUUUCCCUUUUGUCAACUUCAGCUUUCACAGCACCUUUGGUUUAUUCCCCUCCAUGGCUAAAAAUAUUUCCAGCCAGAGUUUUUGAAUCAUUUUAGCAUCAAAACAGAACACCACAUGAAGUGGAAGAGAAGAAUGGGGAUGGUGUCUUGCUUUCGAUGCGCUACGUUUCUAGUUGUUUAGGCUUUUAAAGAAAAGGUAUCUAUCUAAUUAGACUCAAAUUCUAGGAGGGACAACAAUAUUCCAAUUUAUGCACUUUAGUACUAUUAAAAUGAAGGCCCUUUGGAUGAUGGAACCCAGCAACAGGGGUGAACAGUCUGGAAGCAAUGUGUAUUUUCUCUUAAAUCCUAACCUUUUAAUGGACAGCCACCAUGAGCUCCCUGCCAUAACCCUGUCAGGGAGAUCUGACCCCUCAAAUUGAAAGAGGCAGACUGGAGAGUAAGCCCCGACCCUCAUCCUCAGUCUGCCAUUUUAAGUUAAUUUUAGGAGUGGAUGUCAUGCCGUGUUAUACAAGCAGCCAGUGAUUGCUUCAUGAGGUGACAUUACAUAAUUGCCUGACCCCCCCUCCCCUUCCUAUUCCCAGGGCCGCCAUGCAAUAAUUACUUAAUUGUCUGUGUCAUAGGCCUUGCUAGACAAAGUCAGCUCUGGACUGCAACCAGACCUUAGAUUUCAAACCUGGGUUCUUAGUCUUGUACUUUGAAACAGAAUUUGUGGCUGGUUCCUACAGUGUUCAUCAAGAUUUCAGGUCAAGGCUGGUUCAGCCAAUGUGGCAUUACUGAAUUAGGUGCUUCAAGUCAAUUUGAACCAGCAAAACUUAAUUACCAGCUGCUGUGCACUUAUUAAGCCCAUAAACCUUGUAUGUAGAUAAAUGGUUUAUAAACAAGAACAAAAAGCCUUUGCAGCUAUUAAAAGGAGGCCUAGUGGACAUGUGGCCACAUAAUAAAUCAGUUUGUUGUGGCAGAAUGAAAUGAACAGCUGACCAUUAAAGCAGGAUGGAUGACCACAGAAGCGCCAGGCAUCUGAAAGAAGGUCUGUCUCUGUGGAGAGGUCUCUCCUGCUCUUGAUGCAUUCCCAUAACUCCCAGUGAGGUUAAUGAGAGAUACAGGCGAGCAUUAGGGGAAAUUAGACCCCCUCAGACCUUCAAAAAACGUAUGCCAGUGGGAGCACUCAGAGCGCGUAAUAUUAAGCCUCCUGACGUGAGAAUGGACACAUAAAAAAACUCAUCCCAGAAUUUUAUCAUGUCCCUUUUGUGACUCAGAGAAAGCUUAGAAUAUUAAGGAGGGCUUGAUCUCCGUCACUGAACAGAUGUAAGAGAAGAGUAACGUUCUAAUGUAAAUCUACGUGUAUUUGUUUUUGGAGCAGUGCGCUAAAAGACUGACUGUGAGAGAAAUGUGCACACCUUGAAAAUAUUGAAGGCAAACCGCUCCAAGGAUCUUAGAAUCCAGCUGCUAAUGGAAGGUAGAAAAACCUGUUUGGGUUCUUUGAUAAUUCAGUAACGUCAACAUUAAAAACAAGCCCCGUUUUAAAAAAAAUAUGGUUGUUCUUUAACAGUUUAACAUUUUUGCCCCAAAAUGUUUUAAGAAUUAUUUAUUUACUUUUUAAAUUGUUGAUUGUGGCUAAAAUACACUCAGUCAUGUGGAAAUACAGUGGCUCCUUGCAGGGAGCAUGAAACCCAGAAGCGGGCACACAAUUAUAAGCUGAGCAGUGUCAAAUGUAUCUUAAAAAGAAAAACCAAGCAGUUAAUACAACAAAUGUAAAUGUAGCCUGUGAAAUGGAUAUAACAAAUGACUUCCAUUUAUAUAUCCAGGGUUACUGGUUUGGAUUAGUCCUGUUGCCAAAAAUUGCCUUUAAGAAGUCAUUGCUCUGGGUACAAGGUAUUGACCUAAACAUCUAGAUUCUCUUUUUUUUAAACCUCAAGAGAUGAUUAACCUUGACCUACAAAGUCAAUAGUCUGUUUUGUUAUAUACAGGCCGAAUGUUUUCAACAGAAAUAUCUAGCUACGGUCUGAUCCAUCCUCCUGUAAAAGACGAGCACUCCCAAGAAUGAAAUAAAUAAAUCUGUCACUGCUAGCUUUAAUUUUAAUUAUGGCGAGGGGAGGCCACAGAUCACGACAGAUGUUCUAUUUUUUUCGUUGGAAAGCAGAUGCUUUUCACCAAAAAUUUCAUUUAAACUCAGUUUUUCUAUGAAAAACAAGUUUUGACUGAAUUUUUCUUUGCUUGCUUAGUCAAAACUCAAGUGCUAUUCCUGUCCCUAAAGUCCACAGUCAGUUUUUAAUGACUUUAUAAGCAUAUUUUCCUUUUGAAAUGUUUCUUUUUCCCCUAUUGCUGGAGCACAAUGAUUAAUUUUUCAGGGGAAAAAAGUAUUGUCACAGGCAAACUGAAUGAAAGAUGAACACACCGCUGGUUUUGUUUUGUUUUCAAUCUCUUUCCAAGCUAGGUGUUAUGUGUAACACUAGUAGGUAAACAAAUUUUAGACAAAAAAUGUGAUUUUUUUUUUGAUUGUGCGAAAUACCAUUGGACUAGACGUCAAGUCAACCACAUCCUUUUUAAUUAUUUGGGAGGAAUGGAAUUUGACUAGAUUUUAAAUUGGUAGCAUCCCUUGUAACACAUUCCUUUUAAAUUGACAAAUGGAAAAGAUUCUUUAAAUCGAGUUGUUGUUUUUCUGGUCAGUGAAAAUUACCUCGUUAAGGUAGAAAACAGUGGAAAUAAUCCGAGCCUUAGGUCAAGAGACGCAGAUCUACUGCAUUGCUGCAAGGACUAACCUCAGACCAGAAACCUUCCUAAUUGUGUUGAGAAACUCUGUGUUAACACUGCCAGCUGUUUUGCAGCUUUUAAUUGACUGAUGCCAUCACCUGACUGCACAAGUUGUAGCCUGGUCAGCUUGUGCCAUUUAUUUCUGUGGGUUGAUGAACUAUGGGGAGUGUCCUUCUUUGCUCCUCCCACAGCUUGUAGUGCUAAGGGGACUCCUCCCAGAAGAGGCUGAAGAUAAUUCAGGUUGUUUCGGUGGGGCAGAGUAGACUGGUCCACACAUAUUAGUGACCCGAUCCUACACGCACUGAAGGCAAUGGGAGCUGGCGUAUGACCUACAUGGGAAACCUUCCUUCGCUCAACACUUGGCAGGAAAGUGAACACUCUGAGCCUGCGUCUCAAGUGCCCUGCACCGUGUGUAAUCACUUAUAGCUGUGCAAAGCGGGUAGGAGAUACCUAACCUUUGGUGUAAGUGACACGAGACUGGGGCGGGGACCUGAGGCUAGUUACUGCAAGGCACCUUUGUACAAUGGAGGCCUGACUUCUCAUUUGCACUAAGGCUCUUUUACAUCACAGUGGCCGCAUGCAGGGACUUUAAAUGAAAGGAUUCCUGAUGCAGUGAGCAAGCUAUAAAGGAGUCUAUUCUGGGGCCUUGCCCCUUCCCCAGUGUAGCAGCCUCAGGGUUGCUCUAACUUAAGCUUUGUUUCCCACCGCUCCUUAUGUAUGUGCCUUGGGACGACAAGGCUAUUUGCAGGGCAUUCAGGACCCCCGCCCCAUGAUCUGCUCCAGGGAGCUGGGCCAGUGUAGAGCUAUUAUGCCAGCUAUGGACAGGGGGUGGUAUUUGCCAGAGCGCCUUGAUUAGCAUUAAGGGGCCUUGAUUAGCAUAUUACACCCAUUCACGUUUUCCUGGUUGUAAAUGCAAGGUGGGUGCAGAGGUGCUAUAGCAUGACUGCUCCUUUACAGAGUCAUUGAUAGUGGCACCCACUUUCAGGCCCCGUUACACACUGAGGUAUAAGGGCCUUUGUAUAAAUGAGACUCAGGCCCUUUGUUACCAGGAUGCUGGUUGGCUUUUGAAGAGUUACUCCAGGUUGAUGCUGUCACCUUUAUUUUUCACUCUGUAAACACCUUUUUAAAGGUAAGGUCUUCUUCCAGUCGCAAUAACAACAUGAAGCCUGUAAAUUUAGUUGUAUCAGUUUCCUGCUCCCUUUCAAAUCUGCCACUUGUAAUUCUCUCAUUACCGUUGACCUGCCACUGCUGCUAACAUUUGUUGUAAUGUAACCAUAUCGGUUUGUUUUAGGAAGAUGGGCCUAUGCAGUAUUGCGAGGUGUUCUUCCUUUUAUUUUCACGCUUCAUAGCGUGGUAGAGACUGGUGCAGUCUGAGAGAGCAGCCUUUGCCUAGUGUUGCUUUUUUUAGCUGAUUUUGUUAAAUGUUUUUUUUCCGUGAGCUUUACGCAGAUCGGUUGGAAAAGUUAUUUGUUCAAAUACAUUUUUAAAAAUAGAGGAUAAAUGCACAGAAACAAAGUUGUAGGGCUGGAGGCACUAGCUUAGACUGUCCAAAUUAGUUUGUCGACAAACACCCCCACCCCCCCAUACCACUUCCUAGUUGGUAGUCUAACACUGCGCCGCUUCUUUCAAAGAUAAGGGCCAGAGUCAGACACCCUUAUUCACAGGAAGUACCUUACUUCGUAGCAUUAACGGCACUGGGAUUACUCAAGUCGUAAGGUAUUUUUAUUCAUAUAGCAGAACAAAUCAGGGACUGGUGCUGGGUAGUGUGCAUAGAUCUGGGUCCCAAUUCAGGAAAACAUCCUGAUCCAAGCACUGGCGGAAGUUCCAUUGAAGUUGGUGGGAUUAUGCACAUGCUUCCAGUUAAACUGGUUCCAGUCCCACUUAUUUUACAACUUUUAGUAUAUAACAAGAAGCAAUAACAGAUGGCUAGAGUGGGGGAAUAGUCAGAUGAUCGUGAUUAGUGAAAUAACAAUGGUUGCAGCUGCCUAAUCAUGUCACUGGUGGUAGGCACAAGAGUGGUACAGCAUGAGUAAGCCUACCCAAAAACAAUGAAGCAUCAGCUCCUCAGUGGAAUUUAGGUGCUUAAGUCCUGUACUUGCUCUGACGAGAAAGCAAUUUCAUUCUGGUUGUUUCAGAUGUGCAUUGUUUGCAAAUACUUCCUUUCCAGUGGUGUGAGAGCCACGUUACCCUUUCAACCUUUGUGGGGCGGAAACACUGUAUUUUCCAUAGCACUCCGAAGACUCAACCAUUUUGGGAAAACCACAGUAACAAACUGUGAAUGGUAUUUUAUAAGUAAGUGUAGAUAUGUAAGCCGUUCUUUUGAAGUAAGGUACUAUGAAAUAUGUAGCAUAAACUGGUACUGCUGUUAAAUGGGUCGAUUAUUAAACUGAGCAGCUGUGUAAAGGGUAACUAACUCUGAAUGCACUAAAACAACCCGCCCUUUGAAGAUGAUACAACUUAGAUGGCCUGUGUAUCUGCUGGAAGCUGUCUUUUUAUAGGUUGAUUUUUGGAAGGGUUGGCUUGGAAUAUGUAGAGAUGGGCCCCAAAAUGAUAUCUGAGUGGCCCCAGAAAUUAGAGCUGAUGAAAAUAUUUUCUAAUGUUAAAGAAAAAAAUGUAGAUAUUAAAAAAACAAAGCAAUGUUCACAAAUUCUUUUUUAACCAUUUUUUCAGCCAAAGUGUAGAGCAGCUUGAAAUAUUACAAAUUUUGAAUAUAGAACUGGGGGGGGGGGAAUCAGAAAAAUUGCUAUUUUCCCCAUUUCAACCCACUUUAAUCCAAAUAUGGCUCUGAAAUCCACUGCUUAGGCUCGCUCUAUACAUUCCUCCCUCUGAAAGGGCUCAAGGCUAUAUGAUAGGUAGACUUUCAAGAGUUUGGCUUCAAUGGGCAUAGGAUCAAUGGAUCAGAUCCCAAGAAAGGUCACACCAGAGGAAUUAGAUGAGUCUACAAGAAUAAUGUUCUAUUCACAGUGCAAGAAACUUGUUGAGUUCAUUGUCCUUUCCCAUCCCACUCCAUCUUCUCAUCAAAGCAUCUCUUGUAGAGUCAAUAUGAGGUGCUUAACUGGAGGUACCUGAAAAAGGCAGAAAUUUAGAGUGUUAUAUUUUUUAGCCAAUUCUCUGUGUUCUUAAAGUGUAAAAAUACAAACAAAAAGAUCUCUGCCUUGUGAAGUACCUUCAAGGAAAAGAGAAGCAACACCAUGUUGGAAGAUGCCAUCCUCAUUCACAUGACACAGUGCACUCAGAGUUAGCUACCUUUUUGAAACAAACAAACAAAAAAAACUACUGUAUGUUAAUUUGAAAAUGUGAAUAGUAUUUUUAUAGCUUGUUAAAGACAUGGCUAGUUGCAUUUGUAAAUAAGGAUAAUGUUGUUUUUCUUUUCUUUUUGUGGACAUCAUUAUUCAGAACAUUAUUGUCUUUAGGGUUGAUUUGUAUAUAAGUAAUUUGCUGGUGAUUUAUUUCCCUUUUUAGCUUUUGUUGGAGAUCUCAUUUUGACAUUCUCUGUGACUCUGUGUUUAGCACUAUUGUGGUACGUUCAGACUUUCUGCACUUGCUUACACAGUAACGUAUGCCAAUUGUGUGUGGCGUAAUGUUACUUUAACCUUUUGUCUCAUAUUUCAGCUAUGAAGGAUUAUGCACUGUUAAAAUACAUACUGACUUGGGUUAAUAUUAGCUCUAUAUUUUAGUAUUAUUUCCCUUUGCCUUGAUUUUUCAUGGUUUUUUUUCCCUUUGGAGGCUGGGGAGAAACCAGUGGCUCUUUUCUUUGUCUGAUUAGGAUCUUCUUUUCAGUGUACACACUCCCAAAUACCUCCUCCUGGUGAUAGCGCUUUUACCUGUUUGUUAAGACAAAUGUAGAUUGGGACCUGCUUAGCUCAUCCCCCACUGAUCAUCCCAGCUGAACAAUUUGAAAACUGUUCUGCAUUUUUGUUACAUGAAUC